UGGGGUGGAAAGAGAGGUCAGGAAAACGACUGUCCUCAUCAAAAAAGCAUCACCAAAGCUCAGUGCGAGGUCACCCACUGCAGGACGUGCCACCUGUAGGGCCGAGCUCCGCGCAACAACAGCCACAGCAGGGUGCUCCCCCGCAUACAGCCUCGCGAACGGACACCCCUCCGCCAAGCACCCUCCCCAAAACCUUCCAUCCUCGGGCCCGGCUCGCCGCCUCAAUCAGCGGGGCAGGGCCUCGCCGUGCCACCGCCCCCAGGUCACACCGGGGGCCGGCGGCGCCGGGAGGGGAGGCGGCCCCCGGCGGCGGCGCUGGGACCGCGUCGGCAGGCGGCGGUGCCGCGGUUCCCGGCUCCGGCACGAUGUAUGGAUUUAUAAAUACAUGCCUGAAGUCUUUGGUGGUUGAGAAGUAUGGUGAAGAAAUAUGGGAAAAAUUAAGACUCCAGGCUGGAGUUCAGGAUAGUUUCUUGACUUUUGGAGUUUACAAAGAUGAGAUCACAAUGCAACUUGUUGACAAAGCCUGCAAAAUAUUAGGUGUUCCUGCUGAUAUGGUUCUGAAAGAGUUUGGAGAGUAUUUCUUCGAGUUUUGUAAACGUUCAGGCUAUGAUCACAUGCUGAGAACGCUGGGUGGAAAUUUGUAUGAGUUCAUAGAGAACCUGGAUGCAUUACACAGCUACCUGUCCCUCUCUUACCAGGAAAUGAAUGCACCAUCUUUCAGAGUAGAAAAGAAUGAAGAUGGGUCAAUGCAUUUACAUUACUAUUCAGAUAGAAGAGGUCUGUACCAUAUUGUGCCAGGAAUCAUUGGUGCAGCAGCCCAGGAUUUUUUUAACAUUGAGAUUUCAAUGGAAAUAGUCAAUCAAAUGGAAGAAGAAGAAAGAACUGGGAAAAAGGAACAUAUUGUUUUUCUCGUCACUCAAAACCCUGUGCUUUCAUAUAAAGAGAGAAAGAAAUUUUCCUGCUCACCUCAAUGUCAUGCUGACUCUGAAAAACAAACUGAUCCUCAAUUGAACAAUAAGCAGGAUCUUGAGAAAUCAGAGAAUACUAUUAGAGGAGGCUCGGUUUGUCCUGUCAAGAAAAGUCACUGGAAAACGAUAAGAGGAAUAAUCACAUUAGGAAGAGGUAAACUCCUGAGAGGGUUUGACCCUGUUUAUCCCAAGACUCUCUGGAUUGACACAAAAACAUUUUGCAAUGGGCUUCCUUUUCAUAUGGUUUUUGACAAAGAGCUCAGAGUGAAGCAAGCUGGGGUGAGCAUUCAAAAGAUUGUACCUGGCCUUCAGACCAUGGGCAUCUGCCUGGAUCACUAUUUCAGUAUCGUUCACCCAGAAGUACCCUUCACCAUCUCUAGCAUUCAGAAGUUUAUCAACAGCCAAUUCGUUUUCCAGACCAAGAGAGAAAUGAUGCCAGAGUCAUGGAAACAGCGGCCAAUGCUGGAGCUGAGAGGCCAGAUGAUCUGGAUGGAGUCUCUGCAGUGCAUGCUCUAUCUCUGCUCACCUUUACUUCGCACUUUACAUGAGCUGGAGGAGCGACAGAUGCAUAUUGCAGACAUUGCACCUCAUGACGUGACCAGGGAUUUGAUUCUUCUCAAUCAGCAGCGACUGGCAGAGAUGGAGCUCUCUAACCAGCUGGAGAGGAAGAAGGAAGAACUGCGGGUAUUGUCAAAGCACCUGGGAGAAGAGAAAAAGACUGAAGCUCUGCUCUACGCCAUGCUUCCUCAGCAUGUAGCGAACCAGCUGAAGGAGGGGAAGCGAGUUGAGGCAGGAGAAUUCAAGGAGUGCACCAUAUUAUUCAGUGAUGUUGUGACCUUUACCAACAUUUGUGCCCAGUGUGAGCCUAUUCAGAUAGUUCUCAUGCUAAAUUCAAUGUACCUGCAGUUUGAUAGACUGACCACAGUGCAUGAUGUAUACAAGGUGGAGACAAUUGGAGAUGCCUAUAUGGUAGUAGGUGGAGUCCCUGUGCCUGUAUCCACUCACGCUGAGCGAGUUGCUAACUUUGCCUUGGGGAUUAUAAUAGCAGCUAAAGGAGUACAGAACCCAGUUUCUGGAAAUCCAAUCCAAAUUAGAGUUGGGAUCCAUACAGGUCCUGUCUUGGCUGGAGUUGUUGGAGAAAAGAUGCCUCGCUAUUGCUUGUUUGGAGACACAGUGAAUAUAGCUUCCCGCAUGGAGAGUCAUGGUGUCCCAAGUAAAAUUCAUCUAAGCUCCAGUGCCUAUCAAUGUCUAAAAUACAAAAAUUUCGAGAUGACAGAAAGAGGAGAAAUAGAAGUGAAAGGGAAAGGAAAGAUGCACACAUACUUCCUCAUUAGAAAUAAAACUGCAUGUGAGAAUGAGAUUAUGGGAAGGCCAAUAAAAGACUUAGAUUCUGGCCGUGAAUCUGCUCAGUCCUUUCAAGAAGACAGGGCUGAGGCAACGCCAAGCUCUCAUCAGACAGUUACUCAAAAUCAGACAGAGAAGGACCAGACCACAGCUAUUGCAAUGAAGUAUAUGGAUGCUCCCACAGAUGCACAGAACAGCCUCAAAAGGAGAAAUCAAGCAAAAAUUGCAGAUUUAACAGGCAAGAGUUAUGAUUCAAAAAGCUAUGGGAGUCCCCGUGGCAACCAGCAUUCGGAUGACGCUCCUUGUCCUCUGAACAGGGGAAGAGUCAAACCAGGUACCGAAGAGCCACAGAUUAGAAAUGUUCGCUCCAAUUUUUGCAAUUUGCUCUAAGUUUCUGACUUUUUACAUUAACCAGAGCAUUUUUAUUAUUAUUUAGUGCAUUUUCCUGUUUUGGGACCAGUUUUCUAUAUGAAAUUCUACAUGAUUUUGUUAAAAAGCCAAAAAAACAGAAAAGACAUUUCAUCACAAUUUUCAGCCAAAAGGUGAUGUUGUUUUUAAACAAUCUGCACACGUCAUAUGAUACUCCCAGUGGAGAAUGAAACCACCGCAAGAUACGUUGAAGAUACAUUUUUGAGCUUCUCCUAUUUCUUUGAAUAACUCUAUGUAAACACGUCUGGCUGGUAUCUCACACAGCAAUAGGGGAAGAGGUGAGUCAUGCAACUAGAAAUGUUCAUCCUCAAUCAAGCAGUUGCAGUAAAACAUUCCCUGAAGUGACCAUCUGUCUUGACUUCAGCGCAGCCAACAACCCCCCUACGUAAGGUCAGCAGAACUUGAUCUAUAUUUUAACUAUGAUGACAAUUAAUCUCUAGUGAGUCUUUUGCUGAGGAAAAGUAUUAUGCAGUAAAAGUGCAGAAUAGAUUUCUAUGUGAUACAGCUUAUAUGUUUUCCAUCCUGAAUAGACAAUACCACCUGCUUUGUAGCACAUGACAAUAAAAAACAUACAACAAUCUCUGAUCUUUGAAUCAGCUUUAUAUGCUGUACUAGAAAAACUUAAGAAGGAAAUACAAGUUGUGGAAUUAAGUGAUACUGAAUUCAUCACAACACUGAAGACCUGCUCAAGGCCAACGAACUGAGAUGAACAUUGAGACCUUCUAAACAAGCUUCAAGUUUAUCUUCUAUGAUCUUACUUCAGCUAAACGAAAAUGAGGCUUCAGAACUACACAGGGAAUACGCCAAUGCUGAAAUUAAUGCUGCUAACAUCACUGAAAAUAACAGUAUUCAGGUCAGCAUCACUUACCUGGUGUCAGAGGCUCCCUUGCUGAGUUACUUCUGUUCUGAUACAUCCUUAGAUUGCAUUUGAUCAGAAAUGGUAGAGAAAAAUUGGAGCUCGACUGUCAAGGAUGUAAGAUAGAGGAGCAAAAUACAAUUGGUAAAAAGAUUGUGGACAGUCUGACAUAUCAUAAAUCAUCCUCUUGUUCCUAUAUGUGGAGCUUGUAGUAGAUGGAAUGUACUGUGUUUUGGGUGAGUUUGAUACAUGCUGCACCCUGCACACUGAUUUAUUAUUUUUGUGUGUGGAUUCAUUGUGUUAAAUGUACAAACAUGAGACCUGUUUGAACUUCCAGCAAGAACUCAGUGGAGAAGUCUAUAAUGCGACUCCUCUGCUGCAGUCUGGAGCAUCACAUUUCUGCCUCUGUGUCUGUGGCAGAAGCAAAGCCUUUUAAACACCAGAUGGAGAGGUAAGGCUGAUGAAAGGAACUGCCUCAUCUCUAUAGUACAGCAAGAUGAAAUUUCACCUGGUUAGUUUUCUUUUAAAAUCCAUCAGACAGUAGCUGUCUUGACUGGGUGCUCUGCAGCUCCGCCUAUAAACAAGUGCUGCAUGCAGACCAAUAAAGAAGGAUGUGUAGGGUGAAACUGUCAGUGUUGCUCUCUGCACACUGGGUAUUUCAGAGGGCUUGCUCUUGUGGUAGCACACAUGGAAUGCCUGUUAUUUUUUUGAGCACCUUAGAAGUGCAUCUCUUGGCUUAUUUUCAUCCAGAAGAGAUCCAUUCAUGUGCUUUGUGACCACUCUACGAUUUAAAAUGAAGUACAGUUAUUACGGGUAACUGGAAAUUCACUUAGAAAUGUAUUCUGGAUGCUGCCUAAAAUGCAAACAGAAACGCACCCCCUUGAAAGCUUUAGCAUAUUCAGCAAUAAAACUGGGCAGCACCAGUCUGGGAGAGUGCAGUUUUCUGACUGUCAUUGACAAGAUUUUCUUGCCUUCAGCCACACAUUUCACACUGAUGAAACAGAACUUGUCAUUUACCAAAAGACAGUGAUGGACUCCAUCUUCUGCAUUUCCAAUGGGUAUAUAAAGCCAUGUAGCCCCAUACACAAGCGUCACACAGGAGGAAACAUCUCUCAGUUGCCAGUUAGUGCAGGAGGGAACCUCUUGCUGUGCCAGCUGCUCUUGCAGGCUGUACCUGUGUGGCUGAAUAUCACUUACUCUUUAGAAGGGAGGAUUGUUGAUUGGAAGUACUCCAUCGCCCAACAAGCCUUGCCAUCAGCGGCUAGGAUGUGGUAUAUGUUAGAGAGUUUAGGGAGGAGGACAAAAAUGAUUCAUGGCUUAAUUGCUGUCUGCAUUACUUUGCCCAAAUUUUAACACUUGCUUUGCUUAAACCUGUCCUUUCUGUACUGAGCAGUCUAUGAAUACUUAACAUUGGAACAUCUAAUUGCCAGUAAGCUCACCAUGGUAAGAUACUUUAUGCUGUACCGUAGUACAUUUAAUGUGCUCAGUGGUUUCUCUGUGGCCUCUGCUACCGUCUGGUCUUCUGCUUCUCUGCUGGAGAUGUGGACCUGGGUCAAAUCUGAAGAACUUGAACUGCUUUUAAAAAUGCCUGUGCAUCGUCCUGUGAUCUUCAAUCUGUAGGUACCGCUAGAGAUGUCAGUAAUGCAGAACUAUCAUUCAGAAAUAAAUGUUUCCAUUAAUGGA